AUGCAUGCGGCGCUUGGUCGACACGAUGAACAUAUCGUCCACGAUAGGCCAUCGGUAACUGAUCUGAUGCACAAUUCGCAUGCCGUACUAGAAAAACAAGAAGAUGAGCCGGAUGGCGGCAAUAUGACGGUGCAAUCGCCCAGAUCAAAUCUAAGCGCGCCGGAAAACCAUUUCGGAUCUUCCGACCUUGUGCUGUCGCAGACACCAUUGUUGGAUAAUCAAGUUCAGGGCCUUAUCAAGCUGGAAGACCUUCCCAGCUUACCCGAUGGACCUGACCUGGACCUGAUUGCCUACGAGCUCCGGCACCCCGCUCGCAAGGUGCUCGCGGAUCUAUAUGCUCGUAACGCGAGGUUGAAAGCACGAGCGAUGAAGGCGAAGCGGACUUCACUUGACUUAGAACAGACCAGGUCCGCUGAAAUUGAAUUUCCCCCCAGCCCAUCUAGAGAGCUGGUUCCAAGCACAGAUGCGCACGAGCUCGAACGGUCAUCCGUCAUAUUUAUAAAUGAGGAACCCCACGACAAUGCGUCAGUCUCGGAAACACAGGCGCUUGAAGCUGAGGUCCAUGUCGCAAAAAAGGCAGCCAUAAAAUCGACGAAGGACAAGCAAUGCACGGCGAGGGCCGUAGCAUGGGAUCAGUCGAGCCUGAUUGAUGAGGACCGAGUACGGGCACGGAAGCAGCCGCCGGUGGAAGAGAUUUCUGAAUACCAGAAGGAACUUAUGCGGAGAAUGCGUGCCAUGGGGUUGAUCCUCUCUUGUCGUAUCCAUCGCAGAGCGGCGAACCCUACCUCCGCUCCUACAGCUGCGAAAGAAAAUAGGGGUAUGGUUUCUGCAACUUCGCAGGUGCCAAAUAAGUUGCUCAACAAUCUGAUGAACGCACAACUUCAGCCUGACAAUUUUGCUCCUGGUUCCGUAUCACCUGCUGAUCCACAGCAUCAGAACACUUCUCAACCUUCGGUAUCUGUGGAUGCCGUGCGUGAAGGGGAUAUUUCAAGGUCAGCCAUCAAUGCAGGGAAAUACCAGCAGCAUCUUCGUGAAGGAGGAUAUGUCUCAGCAUCCUUACAGUCUCAAGCGGUUGCAACAAGCCACGCACCAGACCGCGUUAAAGGACCAGUCAUCACUGAUGACGAGGCGUCAGGGAACCAAAACGUAAAUGAUAUUCUGGGAAGCUGGCUUGAUAAAACAGCAAAGGUUGAUCAAAAAGAGAUUGAGGCAGAAGUUUCGGAGGAUGUAGAGAUGCAAGACGUCAAAGGCCGCGAGGAUGCAACCGCGGAAACCUCACCCGUUGCCAAUUCUGGUCCGCUGGUACAGACGCCUCAAUCUGAUGUGGUGAUGGCGGAUCUGCCCCCGACGUCUAACCAAAGCCAUCAAAUGCAACAGCCUUGGUCCUACACCGUCGGAGCAUCAGGAACAGACACACAGCCAUCAAAUCCAACAUUUCGAUUUGACCCUAAAACAGCAGUGACACAAGGCCUAUUGGCGAUGGCCCGAGGCUCUCCAGCAGUGAGUGAUAGUCCGAUUGACGAUGAUGCGUCUUUGUGGACCGAGGAAGAUGAUUCUGCGGGAGCUGAAGACAACGACGCCUCAACCCCAAAGGGCACCGUAACUAAGCCACGCGCUGAAUACCAGAGAAGUUAUCUGCUUGAACAAGACGAGCUGUCAAAUAAGCAGUAUUCUCUUGCAAGAAAUCUAACCGGUCAUCCUGACGUGGAUGAAGCGACCUCGUCAUACGCACCUGCAACUACAACUGUCUCGGCCGGUGUCCAGGAUAAUGGUGCGGGUAAUACUUUGAUGUCCAUUUAUGAGAUCACAGACAAGGCAGUCCAGAUGCCUAAAGGUGACCUCGACAGACCUAAGUAUCUCCAUCUCAUGGCCGCUUGGAUUGACGAGGAAUGGGCCACAUUUCCCGGAAAUGUCACGCCUAGUCACCCAUAUGUUAACGAGAACGACGACUACACUCAUACCAUUGAUGCUUGUCGACACAUCCUGAACAAGACGCCAGUGGCCUGGCCGGAAUCCAUGGAAGAUGCUCAUGGCAAGUGCUUGGUCAUGUUCUGGACUCUCACGCUUAACGCAACAGCAGACAAAGACAACCUCAGGCACAAGUUCGACCGCCUGUGUCGCACGUUGUCGCUGCCCGCCUUCGAAUGGACUAACAACGGCGAUCUCAUCGCUGAGAUGAGGCGGACGAUGGACAUUUUAAAUCUCCUCUUAGGCGACUUCCUGCUCACCAGGAACCAGAUGGCCCCGCUGAAGGCCUUCUGCGAGAAGGAUCACCUGCUGAACGGUACACACCACUUCGAUAACAUUGGACGAGCCAUGUACAGCACGUUCGUCGCCGUGAGAGAUCGAUGGCGGAGCCGGGCUAACUCCGAACUCGACUCCAUGGACAAAGGAGUUGCCGAGGCUAGGUGGAACGUAAAGAAAUGGGUUUUCAACUUGCGCACGUGGAUGAAGUACGAAGACAAGCUGAUCGAGUGGUCGAAGUCUGGCAGUUAAUAAAAAAAAACGGUUUGGAAUGCAUGUGAGGCGUGCGUCGUUUCGUUUCGUCCUUUGAUACCCAUCGUGCUGUUUCUCUGCCGUGUGCAAAACCUAUCAAAA